GUUCGUGAAUGUUCAGUCUAACUCGGUCGAGAUGGUCGUCCUUUCCACUUUCCCUCCUUCUCGUUCGCUCGUCCCUCUUCCCAUCUCGCAUCCUCGGCAUCAUCCAGUCGCGGAAUCCACCCGUACUGUACUGGACCGCCAUCAAGGGCCAAGGCACGUCUGGAAGUCUCGGUUCGUUGGCUGGCUGUCCAUGGUCAUGGUCAUGGUCAUGGUCAUGGUGUCACCUUUUUGCUACAGCAGGUUUCGCCGAGAUGUGAAUCCAAUCCGAGUCCUCUUCACCGUGCGACCUCACCGUCGCUGUGUUGUCACUCUGCUGUUUUGGAAUUCUUUUUAAUUAUCGGGUCAUUGCUGCAGCAGUUUGUAGCUUUCCUCCCGUCCCAAGAUCUGCAUCUCCCAUCUUUCACCACCCCGUCCGGGAGCCAUCCCGCAGCAAACUUUCCGACGACGCUUCU